CCACUGAGACGGCUGUUGUCAGUUUCAACAAAAUGGCUGCUGGAGCGCCACAAGCGAAAACCCAGUGAACGCUACACGUCAGUGCAGUAUCACUUUAAAUGGAUGCACUGGAAUUUCCCUACCUUCUGAGCGUCGGGACAUUUACUCGCGUGGACUCGUUAACGUGCGUAUUAGCGAACUAAAGGCAUGCUGAGAUAUUCCCUUUACGCACUUUAUAUACAUCCAAAAGCUCAAACUGCCAGUGCGCGCGCGUCUGUGUGGGUGGGUGUGCGCGUGUAGCUGCUCCUAAGGGUCGCGGAAAUGAACAGCUGAUCAACCUUAAGCUUUCUUGCUGACAUGCAAAACUGUGGUUUAAUGUCCUUUUCACUGUUUGCACUGGCGUUUUAGAGCCCCCCUCCCUCCCUCCCUCCCCCCGGAUAAAUUCCGCUGCAGAUUGAGAGGUGAAUUCCUCAACUGGAAAGUCGGGCUCGCCAUUGCAGCUCAGUGUCUGACUGCGGCUGAAUAAUACCUGGUCUGUGUCAGUAACGUUACGGGUAUCGACGACAACAUCGACUUCACCAUGCAGCUCAUUUGAACAGCAGACCGCAGUUGCGCCGUGUGCGAAAUAAAGCCUUGGCACAAAACACGUCACACAAGAGGAGAACCAUUUGAUGGAAGAAAAGAAAAAGAAAACGCAAGAGGAAAAGAAAAAGAAGGAAGCUGCUCAGAAAAAGGCUGCUGAACAGAAAACCAAAGCCUUGGCACAAAACACGUCACACAAGAGGAGAACCAUUUGAUGGAAGAAAAGAAAAAGAAAACGCAAGAGGAAAAGAAAAAGAAGGAAGCUGCUCAGAAAAAGGCUGCUGAACAGAAAACCAAAGUGCCAGACUCUGCCAAGCCCAGCCCCACCCCUCCUCCCCCCACCAACCCCAGCACCGCCACCAACCCGUCUGUGCCCUCAGCCAGCAGCAGCACUGGUGGCAAUGGCAAGCGCGCACCCUCCGGCAACCAACAGCAGCAGCCGGCAGCCCCUCGCUACCCGCCCCGAGAGGUGCCCCCUCGUUUCCGUCAACACGAACACAAGCAGCUACUGAAGCGGGGCCAACCUCUGCCCGCCGGAAGUACAGCUCUUGUGCAGCCAGUGUCCGCCAACCCUGCGUCUCAGCCCUUCUUCUGCCAGACCCACCCAGAGCUGCCCCCACAGAGUGGCCUGGCAGCCCAGUAUGAGAAUAUAUCCCCCAAUCGCAGUGCCACUACAGCCUCUACCAACAGCUGCAGCGGCUGGGAUCCACUGAUUAUUGACAAGCGCGAUACGGAGGCGUGGCCUUCCAUUUCAUGCAAAGAAAGCCACGCCCCUGCAGGAUGCCCCUUGGACACUGAAAGUAUCAGUGACAUCAGCAGCAUGAGUAUGGCCACAGGAGCUGGCCAGCAAGGCCAUUUCUCCGCCAAUCACCCCAGCAAAGCCAAUGCCAGCCACUCAGGAGGUCUACUCUCUAGUCAGGGUGGGGCCGGCAGAGGCUGGGGCUCUGGCCCGUCUCCUGCCAGUGGAGGAGAAGGGAAAAAUGAAGUCUCCAGCACAUCAGUGGGAGCCAGGUGUUGGGGCUCCUCUAACUUUAACUUGAACUUAAACCCCAACGCUAACCCCUCUGCCUGGCCAGUUCUGGGACAUGAAGGGACCGGCAUGGGUGGCGGCAGCUCUGGAGGAAGCAACCCUCCUCCUCCUAAUCUCUGUAGCCCACCUGGCACUCUGCCCAGUCAGGGCCCUAGCAGCAGUGGCAGUAUAGGUGGUGCCAAUGGAAAUUCUGCAGGUAAUGGUGGCAGUGGCAAUGGCAGCACCUCAUGGGGUAGUAUUGUGCCCAGUGACUCCUCAGAGCCACACUCCACCCCAUCCACGAAUGUGUCUUUCAGCUCCGAACCUCAGAACCUUAACACUGAUGGACCAAAUCACACUAAGCAAGAGCCCAGAAGCCCUGGCCACAGCCUGCCUAACUGGGGGGUUGGACCUGCAGGCAUGGGCUCGUUUGUUCAAAAUCCAGGAGGAGCCUCACAGGUCAACGGGGAUGAAGAACCUGUUUGGGGUAAUGGAGAUGCCAAGUCUGGUGGUGGCUCAAAAGACUCUGGUUGGGACUCAGGGAGCAGCUGGGGACAAGGAGGGGCCUCAGGCACUUCUGGAUGGGGACAAGCUGCCUCAACUGGAGACUGGGGUAAGCAUUCCAACAGUGAGGCCAAAGGAUGGGAUUCCUCAGGCUCUCCCACCCAAGAGCAGCAGCUCAACUCUUGGGUCCGUGGGGCCAAUGCCCCAGCCAGUGAGGGAAGCAGUGACAGCAUGGAAUGUCAUCCUCGCAGGAGGGUCUGCUCAUCAAGAGAUGAGGCUUCCCCUAUUCUGCCUACCCAGGAUAUGGACCCUCGGGUUCUAUGUAACACAGGCUGGGGACAAACACCAGUGCGUCAACACACCUCUUGGGAGACCGAAGAAGCUGCACGCGCCAACUGUAAGAAUGACGUUGGAACUGAAUCAUGGGGCUCGUCCUCAAAUGCAGCCAAUGUAGGACCAACACCAACUUCUAGCAGUGCCAACCCAAACUCUGGCACUACAUCCAGACCUGACUCUGGGGGCAAGAAUGAGGGCCCCUGCCCCAGUACUGGAGCUGCACCUGGAUGGGGCACAACCAUGCCAUCACCCCAAGCUAGCUCUGGUUGGGCAGAUCCUACCAGCAACAAGAAACCUUCCAGUGGUCCAGGAAGUUGGGGCAGUACCCCAGCUGGAGGUCCAGGUGGCAAUCUGCAGAAAAGUGGUCAGACUUGGGGAUCAGAGGAGAAGUCUCCUACAUGGGAAGACAGUCACGCUAAAGCCAAACCACAGGGCUGGACUGAGGUGCCCAAAACUUCUCACGGAUGGGGCAAUGGACCUGGUGGAGAAAGCGGGUCUGGAGGAGAAUGGGGUGAACCAGGAAAUGGAAAGAAAAAUGGUCCCUCCAGCUCUACUUGGGAGGGAGAGGGUACCGGCUGGAACGAGAGCUCCAGAAGAUGGGGAAAGCCUGCUCCGGGAGUAGGAGGAAACUGGGGAGAUGCACAAAACUCCAGUGUGCCAUCACAAGGAUGGAAUAACAAGCCCCAGGAGGGCACCAAUGGCAAUAGUGGCAGUGGAAGCAUGGGUUCUUGGGGAGGUCCUAACUCUGUAAAGCGGAGUGGCUCUGGAUGGGGAGGAGGAAAUGGUGGAGGUGUUAAACCUGACCACACUGGAGAGCCCACUGGAUGGGAGGAGCCCUCUCCACACUCCAUCCGACGUAAGAUGGAGAUCGAUGAUGGUACCUCAGCUUGGGGUGACCCAAGCAGUUGCAACAAGACAGUCAAUCUCUGGGACAAGAAUAACCCUGGGAUGCAAGGCAAACCAGGACCUGGCGAUGCCAACAAUGUACCCAGCAACCAUCACCAUCACCAUCAUCCCCACCAUAACCAGCCUCCCAUGCAGACCCACAGCCAUGGAGGGCCAAAUUCAAACAAUAAUCACAUUUCCCCUGAUAACGCUGGCCCACAUCAAACAGGGCCACCUCACAAUAGAACAACCCCUAUGAAUCCAGGAUGGGGCGAGAUGACAAAGGUCCAUUCAAAACCUGAGCCCUCAUGGGUAGAGGCAGCCGCCCCUGCAGCAAGUGUGGACAAUGGCACUUCAGCAUGGGGUAAACCCCCAGGUGGCUGGGGUGAUAAUGGCCCUGAGGUCUAUGGUCGAGGCAACGGACCUCCUGGAUCUGCCCCCUGCAAACCUGCCCCCAAAUCUAUGCAAGAUGGCUGGGGUGGUGGAGAGGACAUGGGCCUGUCUGCAGGGCAGUGGGAGCAGGAUGAGGGUGACAUGUGGAACAGCACUGCAUCUCAAGAGAGCAACUCCUCCUGCAGCUCCUGGGGCAACCCACCCAAAAAGGGCCCACCAAAGGGAAAAGUCCCAAACAAACAGGAUGAUACUUGGAUAAUGAAUCAUCUCAUCAAGCAGCUGACUGACAUGGGCUUCCCUAGAGACCCUGCAGAAGAGGCUCUCAAGAGCAACAACAUGAACUUGGAUCAGGCCAUGAGUGCCCUGUUGGAGAAGAAGACCGAACUAGAUAAACGGGGGAUGGGAAUCUCUGACUACAACAACGGCCUUGUCAAUAAACCAAUGGGCUGCAGGCCUUCAGUCAUCUCCAAAGAAUCCUCCUCAGAUCGUCCCCCCUUCUUGGACAAGGAUGCUGGGCUAGCAGAUGAUGCCCAAACCUCACCGUUUAUGCCUUCUCCGAGCCUGAAGCUCCCAUUGGGUAGUGCUGCACUCCCUGGCCAGAGCCUUGGAGUUGCGAUGCAAAACUUGAACAACAGACAGAUGCAGAGUGGAGUGUUUGGUAGUGGAGCAGCACAAGCCCGGGCCCUGCAGCAGCAGCCUCCUCCCCAGCCGUCAGUGCCACCUCUCAACUCGUCCCAGCCUAGUCUACGCGCUCAAGUGCCUCAGUUUUUCAGCCCUCAGGUUCAAGCACAGCUUUUACAGUUUGCAGCAAAAAACAUUGGUCUCAACCCUGCACUUUUAACCUCACCAAUAAACCCUCAGCAUAUGACCCUGUUGAACCAACUUUAUCAGCUGCAACUGGCGUACCAGCGUUUACAGAUUCAGCAGCAGAUGUUGCAGGCACAGCGCAGUGUUUCUGGCCCCAUCCGACAGCAAGAGCAGCAAGUUGCACGUACAAUCAAUAACAUGCAGCAACAGAUCCAGCAGCACCAGCGGCAGCUGGCUCAGGCUCUGCUGAUGAAACAACAACAGCAGCAGCCACCCGCCUCACACCCGGGCCUGCAUCCCAGCGCAGGCAAAUCAACUCUGGACACAUUUCCAGCCCAUCCCCAGGCCUCCAGCCUCUCUGUUUCCGACCUUCAGACCAAAGAGCCGCAGUCUUCUCCAAACUCCUUCUCACCCUACACUAUUUCUGGAUUGAACCCUAACAUGAAUGUAAACUGCAUGGAGGUGGGUGGCCUGUCCAUUAAGGACUCUCCUCAGCCUCAGUCACGCCUGUCACAGUGGACACACCCAAACUCCAUGGAGAACCUCUCUGGCAACUCCUCUCCAAUGGAGGCCAACUUCAGCAAGCAUGGUGCCAUCUCUACAGGCCCUAGUCUGGGUCCCCCAAGUAAGCCCCCGCUGGAUGACUCCUACAGUCCCUACAAUCUGAUUCCCAGCUCCGAGUCUCCUGCCAGCCCCCUGGCACCUCAUGAUAGCUGGGGUCAGGGGAAGAACACCAAUGACAAGAUCUCCAAUGGGACCAAUGUCACCUGGCCUCCAGGUGACGACACACAGGAAAUUGAGGGUGUAAAUGUCCCCAUUAUGCUUCUUGGAGACCCAGCAUACCCACUCUUGAGCUGGUUGAUGAAGGGAUUUCCAGACACUGGUAAUCUGUCUAGAGAACACAGGCGCUUCAGCUACCGUUUGAGCCGUGCAUGCUUGACUGUGAAAUGUGCAUUUGGGCAGCUGAAGGGGGAGGUGGAGAUGUUUGCUGAAGAGAAUGGAAAUAUGUAUAUCACGGGAUCUACAGGAAAGCUAUCUGACAUGAAGUCCACUUGGUCUCCGGGGCCCAUCUCGCACACCCAGGCUUCUCUCUCUCACGAGCUUUGGAAAGUCCCACAAGGACCCCGAAACUCGACGGCUCCCGCACGGCCGCCUCCGGGCCUGACCAACACCAAGCCCUCGUCCACGUGGGGCGGAAACACCCUGGGCCUGGUGGCUGGCUGGAGCAGCUCCUACUCUUCAGUAGGUACCACAUGGAGUACAGACAGCUCCAGCAGGAGCACUAGCUGGUUGGUUCUGAGAAACCUCACACCACAGAUUGAUGGUUCUACACUGCGGACACUGUGCAUGCAACACGGCCCGCUCAUCACAUUCCAUCUCAACCUGACGCAGGGCAACGCCGUUGUGCGCUACAGUUCUAAAGAGGAGGCUGCCAAAGCCCAAAAGUCCCUACACAUGUGUGUUCUGGGAAACACCACUAUACUGGCAGAGUUUGCUGGAGAAGAGGAGGUGAACCGCUUCUUUGCACAGGGUCAGUCCCUCACGCCCACCACCAGCUGGCAGGCCAACCCCAGCAGCAAUCACACACGGCUGGGGGGCGGAGGGACGCCGGCCACACACCCCAUCGGCCACUGGAACAGCAGCAGUCUGGGAGGAGGAGCGGGCGGGAUGGGGUCCGGCGGGAAGGUGAGCAACGAGCUGCUGUGGGGGGGUGUACCGCAGUACUCCAGCCUGUGGGGGCCGCCCAGCGCCGAAGACGGCCGAGUGGUGUGCAGCCCCACCCCAAUCAAUACGCUGCUUCCUGGAGACCUGCUGAGCGGAGAGUCCAUGUGAGAGCGCCAAGCGCUCGAACCCCCGAACCGCAGCGAAAUAUGAAACUCAACGAGCAAAAACCAAGCAAAUCAAUUGGCGAUAAUCAACGUCAGUGGAACUGUGAAAAGCCAAGAGACAGGAGGUUGAGGCCACACUUGCAUAGAGGCUGCUGACCUUCCUCUACUUUUUUGUUUUGUUUUGCGUCUCUUCAUCUGUGUUAUUUUGAUCAUUAGGCUUGGGUUACAGUAUUCUAUAGACUUCUUAUGAAGAACCGUGACUAAAAGAGAAGUGAACCUUUACCGAGACUUUUCUCUAAUAACUGAAACCAGUGUGAAAGUGUAUUUUACUACAAACCGACAAGACAAGCUGCCAUUUUUUAAAAUUCCUCUGGCACGAGCACAUCCUGUCAGCCCAAUCACAGCAUAUCUUCCUCUUCCCCCUGAAGAAACGUGCGUCAUUCCAAACCGACUUCCCCUACUCCCUGUCUUUUAGACUGGAUCCAUGGCUUUUUUCAGUUGUCCUUUGGAUCGUUUGGAUUAAUUAACAGCACUAAACUUUAGCCUUAACUGCUGAUCAGUCCCACUCCAUUUGUACUCUGAAGAAACUCAUCUUGAGAAUUGCACAUUUUCUCAUUUCUGAGCCAGGACUGUCAUGGUUUCGAUCUCAGCCGCAGCGUACGUGCAUUCGUCCUUCCUGUUUCCUUCGUUUGCCACCUGUCCUCAUAACUCUCGAAAGGACGGACAGGUAUCUGACCCCUCUGCACAUUUGAAGCAUUUAUUCUUAAGCUGAGAGGACACGUGGACAGCUGAGGAAUAUAUUAACCACUGCUCAUGAAAAACUGUACAGGAAACACUUUUUCAGAUGGACUACUUUUUCUAAACGACCUUGGUCUCUCUUUCAAAAAAAACAAAAAAAAAACAUAAGCCCUCAUUGUUGUUCGUCUGAAGUGCAAUAUAUGCCACAGAUUCUUCUGUCCAUCUUUACGCAGUGCUUUUUUGCUGGUGAAACGGCAGGAGCUCGCCUGGGGACAGGGGGGGGAAUCAAAGACUCGUCUCCUGCCGUGUCCACCAAGCGUGGGACUGAACAGAAGAGGACUCUCUCAGUGUGUAAGCCCAUGGUGAUGAAACAUUCACAAGCACUUCCUCUACACACUCAAGGACACGUGUAACUGCAGGGGCAACAGGGGCUUCAAACCAAAUAAGAGGUGUUUCUUGUAACCCAGUAGACAAAGUGCAUUUUUUUCGUUGUUGUAUUUGGUACAAAAGUAUGGAACAAAGAAGGCGUGGUUUCUUCAUAGCACUUAGCAAGAGCGUCAAGCUCUGACUUCAAUGCCAACAAAUUACACAUGGACAUGUGAAACUGACAAAAAGCAACGAUGAAAAGCAAUCUACCGAACUUCUCCUCCAUACUCUAAACGGAUUUUGCAGUUUCUUUUCUUCUUAGUCUUAGUCUUUCCACAGUCUUUCGACUUUGAAGUCAGACAUUUCGAAAGUAGUAGCAAAUUGAAGGGAUGUCUGAUAUGAAAAAAAAACACCACAACAAGACUGAAGCUUUCCUGUGUUUUUUUUUUGUUUGUUUUUUCUUUAAGAUGAUAUAUAUCAAAGUAAAUAUCACUGUUACAGUACUCCAAAAUCAUUAGCCUUUUGUCUGGAGAUGCUAGACGUGUUGUAAUGUUUCUAAUGGAUUCUGCGGGGCCCUUUGCCCUGGUGGCCCCGCCUACCUGUAUGAUAAGUGUGGCCAUUGAGUGCCUAUCUGCUGUGGCGCCUCAGGUGCCCACACUCUGACUUUUAACCCGCUGUGCCAGGCCGGCGCACCAGAUGCCAGAACGGACCCGCCUGGGGCCGGAGCAGUGGCUCCUUCAGACCUGGCCAAUCAGUACGUACUACUACUGCGCCAGCACUCGACCUCGUCUCAACUUCACUCUUUCUCCCUCUCAUGCAAAGAUCACUUUAGCUGGAAGUGGACAGGUUCGUUUUUAUGUACUUUUUACGAUCGAUUGGGUUUUUCCCUUCUGGAAUUGCCAGUGUUGUUUUUUUUGGUCAACAUUGCUGUUGUUAUCGUCGUUGCUGUUAUUAAUGUUAAAUAGUUAUUUUGCGCUUUUUCGGUUUAUGUGUGUGUGGUCUCUAUGGUAGCUGCUCUCACCAGCCCCUCUUGCUGCGCAUAUGCAGAAACACUCUGAUUAAGAGGCACACCUCAGUGUAAACAGCGUAGAUUGAUCCAGAAUCACUCGUAGUGACGGAAAUGGGUUGUUUUGAGGACGGAGUGCACGUAGUGGCGAAACGAAGAGUAGGUCGAUGGUGCUCAGUUUGUGUUCUGCCUCUCCUCUGCACGUUCCUCCGCUCCAGUGUCGCAGUCCCGCCAGGCCACACACUCACACUGGUGCUUACGACAAAGGGCAGGCAGAGUACACUACUUUACCUGGUCGCCUCUUCUCACAGUAAUAAAAGCAAAUGAUAACGGAGACUCGGCUCUCCACUUCUAUGCAAAGACCGACCGAGAGGUGCAGUUUACGGCCUUCAAUCUGUAGUUCUCUCCAAGCCCACUCUUCAGCUCACCAGGUGAUUGUGAGAAGGCAGCUUCCUUACGGUGUGGCCUAAAGUAAGAAACCGGCCCAAUGGCCCAGGCCCUCACUGUUUACUCUCUGAAUGAUCUCUUACAUUAUGUACAUGCAGUCUCAGGGCAGCCUCAGAGAACCCCAAACUGUUUUAUCGUUACGUGGAGGACGCUAUUGCAUUAUCCGAUGUGGCUUUAAAGAGGCUAAAUGGGUGGGCGAGUGGACUCUGAGAAGGAUUCGCAGGAAGUCCCACUGUUUUUUUGUUUUGUUUUUCUAGAUCCUAAUGUACCUAUUCUUGAUCGUAGACCUAACCUAGACAUGAAUCUAUCAGAGUGGAACUUCUUCUUUCUUGAAAUUUGUUUUGAUGUUUGGUUUUGUAAAGAGCACAUGGAGUGGAGAGGUAGAAUGCAGGUUGGCACCCAGACAGACGGGUAGCACCUUGUCCCGGGUAUCAAAUAUAUACUUCUGGGAGGACUGCUGACAAUUAAACAGGGAAUCCAGAAUGUUUAGAUGCACUGUAGAUGGUUCACAUUUGGGUACGUCUUUUCCUUUUCUUUUUUUAAACCAAAAAAGGUUUUUGUCUGAUUAUUAUUAUUAGUAUUGUUGAAAAAGGAAACUUUAAUUCUGUACACUCUUGACUGAAGUGCUUCUCUCUGCAAGCCUUUGACGCCCUGAAUUGGCGGACAGAUGACUCUGGGGUUGCUGUAUUGAUGGUAUUAAAUUCUGUCCUGACCCGAUAGUAGGGAAACGGUGCAGAUUAUUAUUAUAAUUUUUUUUUUUUUAAACCGGUCCAGGUCCAUGUGGACUUAUUGUAUCAGGAGGCCUGGGGCACAUGCCAGUUGAUACCAAGUCUUAAAAGGGGAAAAUCUCUUUCUGGAAGAUUUGUUUUUCCACACUCGAGUCACACUAGCAACAAUCACUAUUGCCUGUUUUUGAAGAUAUAUAUAUAUAUAUAUAUAUAUAUUUAACUGCCUUUCUCUAAGCUGUACUCGAGACCACGAAAAACAAACGUCCAAAACGUGUUUAAAAUCCAGAGGAUUGCCUGGCAGACUAGCGAGCUAGCCAACAAGUGCCCACUGUGUCCUCCACUGUGGGCAUAUACUGGGUCUUAUUGAUUGGACUAAUGUACCCCAGCUCCACGGCUCAGAUGCAACUUUGUUUAGAUAAAAAGGCUGCUUCAAUCGUACAAAAUAACAGGGCCUGGGUGGAGAUGAGCUCUAAGAAACACAAAUCCUCUUUCUUUGGGUCCUGGCUAGAAUAUGCACAUGCUGGUUGAUAUACAUGUACAUCUGAAAUCCUGUGCAUGCAUAUAACUGGUUAUCUUUUGUGUUUAUUUACCUUUACUUUGCUUUUCAGGCCCGAGUAACCCCCUGUUCCCUUCUCUCCAUGAAUUUACCUAGAUGAUAAAAAGCAUAAACAUAUCAAAAUUAUACAAAUUAAAAAACACAAAUACUUGAAUAAGAAGCGCCAAUAAUGUAAUGUGAAUUAUUUUUUUUUUGGUCAUUCAUACACUUCCAAGCUUUUUGAUAACAUCAGUUCAAACUGAAAAAAACAAACAAACAAAAAACCUUGGUUAAAAAAAAAAAAAAAAAAAAAAAAAAAAAAAAAAACCUGCAAAGUGACAUCGGUUGUAUGUGAGUGUUUGCACAAGAUUGCGUGUGUACUGUAUGAUGGAUGAAUGUGUUCAUUUGCCUGUGUGAGUGGGUUCAAACCAAUGUAUGCUAGUGAUUACAGUGGGUUUGUUUGCGCCUUCGUUUCAUUUUAAGCAUCUUAGAGUUUUUUUGUUGGCUAUUCAAAAAUAUAUUCGUAUGUGUAUUGUUAUCGUAUUUGUUAUUAGCUUUGUUAUUAGAGUUGCACUGAGUGUCUGCUUCCCCUCAUUCAGCUAAUCGUACAUGAUAUUAAAGUACUAAGGGGACAAGGUGACAAUUCAUGUGUUAAUGUUUACUCGAGGACUUGAGAAAAAUAACGUGUUUUUUUUUUUUUUUAUCUAUAAUACGAUUAUCUACCUUAUAGUGGCUUUUAUUGUGGAAUAAUCCAUGAUAAAGAAAUUGAUUAUUUUGAGUAUUGCACCAUUUUGUUUUUCAGAUCAUAAACAGAAAAAAAUGCAAAAUACUAACAAAAAAAAGUAUAUAUAAAAUGUAGGGAUUUUUUUUUUUUUUUUCGUAGAACUGUGGCCAUAGAUUGAUGUAGAGGGACUUGUAACUCCCCAUGUUACACCAUGAUGAGCUGGAUAGACAUCUGGAGAAGAGUUUCUUACAAGACUCAUUUCAGAGGUGCCUAUCUUUCGUUUUUUUUUUUUUUUUUUUUUGGUCAUUAAUGUUCGUACCUGUUCUAGAUCUUCUUUGUGCAAGGCCACCAACAGUUUACAAGCAUUUCAUGUUUUUCGGAAGUUCAAGGAAAAUAAAUUUUGCGAGGUCUCAUUGUCAUGAGAAGAGAAAAAUCCUAAAGGACAUAUACUUCCAUCAAAUGAAUAGCAAAAACACUUUACGGAAUGAAGAUUAUUGUGCUACUUGCAGAACUCUGGGAUUGAUCAGUGUUGUCAUGUUUUUAUUUUAAUUUUUUAUUUAUGUUGGCUAUGUUACUUUCAUAGAUUAUCAAAGCCUGUGUUUUUUUUUUCAAUGCAAAAAAACAUUUCCUUUGUUGAAAAAAAAAGAGAAAAGACAUAAAUGUUCACUAUCUUGCACACAAAAAAAGUGGAUAAUGUCUCAGGAAGGCAAGGGUUCCAGAGUACCAACUCCACGCCAUUUAAUGUUUGUUUUUAGAGAAAGAGGAUAACAG